GCAUUUUGGCAGCGAUGGACGAAGCGGAUGCAAUGGCCGCGUGCAUGGGCUUUGCCAGCUUUGGCAAGCGCAAGCGCUCACCAACCCGCGAGCGCGCUGCGUCCAAAGUACGCGCUCCAAGUUACGUGCCAGAUACGAUCGACUAUCUGGCGUCGAGCGAAGCGUCAGCCGUCGACAUGGUGCUGGACGUAUCCUUGGCCACCACGGAGUCCUUCAUGCCGCGGCUCGCCCAGGCGCUGGAGAAGCUGCUCGAGCGCAAAACCAGCCUUGAGAACCUAGCGAUUUCGCCGGCAACGUAUCGCCGGUGCCGUGGCCGCGCCAACCCGUACGAGCACCUCGGCAAGUUUACAUUUGUCAAUCGGUCUGCGAUCAAGAUGGCCGAGCUCAAUGCGCGUUGCGGCUUGACGAGCACGAGCACCAAAUCGUUUGCCGACCUCUGUGGUGCGCCAGGAGGCUUUUCCGAGUACCUCGUGUACUGCACCGAGAGCGCACGUGGCUAUGGCAUCUCGAUUCGACCAGACGCCGACGACGACCCGCUGCACUGGCGCCUCGACGACGCCACCCAAGCACGGCUCGACGUCUCGUACGGCGCAGAUGGCACUGGCGACCUCUAUGUCGAGGCCAACAUGGACCGUUUUGUGGAGACGGCGCUGCAUGAGAAUCCUCAAGGUUUGGAUCUUGUUGUCGCCGAUGGCGGCUUUCAAGAAGCCCGAAAUCACGUGCACCAGGAACACAUUAUGCACCACCUCGUGCUGUGCGAGGUACUCACAAUGACGCGGCUGCUCCGCACCGGCGGCCACUUUGUCUGCAAGACGUUCGAGCUCUCGACGCCUUUCUCGCUCGGGCUGCUCUACCUCUUGUACCGCACAUUUACACAGCUGGCCAUCGUCAAGCCCAUCACCAGUCGCCCCGGCAGCUCGGAGCGCUACAUCGUCGGUCUGGGCUGGAAAACAUACCAGCCAAAAGCUUUGAUUGCACACCUCGGCGCUGCGAAUCACGCCUUUGCAUCCGGUGUCGACGUAGUCGGCCUCGUUGCGUCGUCGCAGUGGCGCGCGGACACGACCUUUCUUGACUAUGUCGAGGCAUCGGGUGUCACCUUCGCGUCGCGUCAGAUAUUGGCACUCGACGACAUCCUUGCAACCAUCCAAGGCCAUGCGCCAAGAGUGCCGCGGGUGCACGUCGCCGACGUCUACGCAACGUGGCAACUGCGUUAGAUCAACACAUAGACUGUAUAGCAUCAAAGUUAUAUUUGCUGGAAAC